AAAAAAGAUAUAGAGAAACUCCUGUCCUCGAAAGAGGUUUGUGAGAAAAAAGCAAGAACAAAGUGGUCCCCAGACGAGGAGACAAGACUGAUUUCAGCCGUUCUAUAUGGCGAAGACGCCCUAUUCGGUGAUUUUAAAGGCACGGGGGCGAAAUCGGGACAGGCUAAGCGGAGGCAGGGCUGGGGGGAAGUAGCAGAUGUUUUAAAUGCACAAUUCACUAACAGCAAGCGAACGCCAGAAGAGUGCAGAAAAAAGUACAACAAUGCUAAACAAAGGACCAAAGAAAAAACAGAUUUCUUAAAGAAAGAAUGCAGAAAGACAGGUGACGGACAAGCUGAAGUGGAACUGUCAGAGGCAGAGGAGGUGCUUCUUCAGAGACAGGAUGAAAGGCCCAGCAUUUUUGGCCUAGAAGCAGGUUUUGACAGAGAUGUCUUAGUUUUAACUACCGAUAGCAAAGAGUGCGAGGAAAGUCAGGAUGUCAGAUCAGCAUCACAGACAUCUUCAAGGACUGACACUCCAAAAGAUAAAGAAAGUGGAAGUACUAGUAAAGUCAGCGAGAAAAGGAAGAUAGAUGAGAGGAAGGAGAACAUCUUGGAGGACACAAAGAGAAUUCGGCUAGAACAAAGAAAAUUAGAGUUGGAAAUGAUUAAGAUUGAGAAGGAAAUUAAAUUGAUAGAAACAAAACAGAUUUUAUGA